UCUCUCCAGCCAAGCUUCCGCGGUCAGUAGCGCGUGCCAGACGUGCGCUGCAGCAGGCGUACCACGAACUGUCUGGUACAAUGCAUGGCUCCAACACGCACGACGAGGGAUUGCUAAAAAACCUCUAAUAUCGGACCAAACAUUUUGUAAACUGAAGAGAACUGUAAGAUGCGGGUGUCAGUUGUUGUCUACCUCUGUCUUUUGGCUCUAGAAAGAGUAAAAUGUGUUCCAAGCACACUCCAGCCCUCGUGUGGUACGGAGCUGGUCAGAGUAGAGCGAGGAUCCACUCUGAACCUUCAGUGUGGCAGUUACUGCUCAGAGAGCAGCGAGUACACCUGGUGGAAGAUGAGUGAACAAGACGAGACGAGGGUACAGCUCAGCUUCUCUGGAGCUGUCGUGACGGAGGACAAGGUUACUGAGGAGAGUGGGGGAGACUAUGAAUGCCAGUGUGGCAGCAGUGGACAGAUAUGCACCUUCUAUGUAGCAGUUCUUCCUGAAAUUACCUUCACUGCUAGUCACACCGCCACUCACUAUGGUGACGUGGUCAUACUCACAUGCUUGGUGGAGGGAAACCCCGCUAAUUUCACCACCAUUACAAACUCCUAUGGCAUUCUCCUACAGAGUCAGGUCAAGAGAAAGAUUAACUCUUUUCGACUAGAGACAACUGCCGUUGUCCACGAUAUCGAGGAGGAAGACUAUGAAUGCCAGAUAGAGCUACACUACAAGGGCAUCCAGUAG